CGUUUAUCGUGUUAAAGGUUACGGGUCACGAAAAGGUCGUGUUUUGAUUUCGUAGAAGAAUUAUGGCCGCACUUAGCACUAGUUGGAUAAGGUAUAGGAAUUUUCCUCGACUCGCGUCUCAGUUUUACCGCGUCCUGAAGAAUGCUGGGCCGCAGAUGUCGGCCACGUCGGUGCGGCGACUACACCAGAGUCCACGCUCAUGGGUCGUGGAGAAGGGUGCGUGGGGCAAGGCUCGUCUGUCAGAGACUCACCACCUGAAUCACCAACUGACAGAACUGGACAAGGCAGAUGCUCUGAUGCUACGGAAAUCUCAUGAAACAGGUUUCCUCUCCUGGUUCCGGAAUGGUCUGUUGGCCACAGGAAUUGGCGUCAUCGCUUUUGUGCAGAGUGAUGUGGGACGUGAGGCUGCCUAUGCCUUCUUCAUCCUGGGUGGCGUGUGUGUGUCCUUCGGCGGCGCGUCCUACGUGGGCAGCCUGCUGACGCUGCGGCGCUUCAUGCUGCUGUCGCUGCCCGCGGCUCUCCUGCAGACGGCCGUGGUGUCCAGCGCUGCGCUCUUCUGGCUCUGUGCCGUCUCCCUGUACGUGGGCCGCCUGGAGGUGGAGAUCAUCCAUGAGGACGACGACGACGACGACCACGACCACAGAGGAGGCAGGAGAAGAGACGAGGAGGACGAGGGGGAGAGGGGGGAGUGCGCCGACUGCAAGGCCCGCCGCGAUAGACGUCAAGACAAGUGAAGAGAGAGAAGAGAGAAGAGAGAGAGAGAGAGAGAGAGAGAGAGAGAGGGGAUUAGUAGAGGAGGGGGCAGGGGGCCUUGCUUAGUGAGUGGUCCUCUAAUGUGAGAGGGGAAGAGUUUAUAGUGUGUGUGUGUGUGUGUGUGUGUGUGUGUGUGUGUGUGUGUGUGUGUGUGUGUACGUGCAUUUGAGCAGGACAGAGAGUGAGUAAAAUUGUGUGCUUGUCGA